AUGAGUAAAAUGUUACACAAGUUUCGCGGAACACUUGUUGGUGCCUUGGUUGGUGACUGCCUUGGAUCAAACUAUGAAGGCGUCUCCAGCACUUUACCAUGGGGAGAAGUUACCGAUUACACUUUGAAAAGAAUCAAAGACGAGAAGGAACCGAUCCAUUACACGGAUGAUACAGCGAUGACUCGAGCGAUCUGCAAGUCGUUAACUGAGGAAAAGAAGUACGAUAACCGCAGCAUAGCAAAAGCGUUUGUUCAGGAAUUCUUUAAAGAGCCUGAUCGUGGCUAUGGUGCUGCUGUCGGGACAGUCUUUAAGCGCUUGCGGGAUACGAAUCCCGAAGAUGUUACACUUCCGGCUCGCUCUCAAUUUGAUGGACAAGGUUCCUAUGGAAACGGUGCAGCCAUGAGGAUCUCCCCCGUGGCUCUUUAUAGUCGAAGUUCAUCAGAAGUUCAAAAGGUGAGGAAUGGUUUAGGCGAGAUCCAGAUUUGUUUUAAGACAAGCCCCUCGUUGGUGGAGGCCCGGAAAACAUCACCCAAUAUCAACUGGUCCCAAUGGAUACUGCAGUUGCCUUAAUGCUAACAAUUACUGUAGAAUUAUGGUUACUGGCCCCCCACUCAUAAGAAGCUGCUUGCCCCCUCCCAACCUUGCUAGCGCAUCAGUGUUAGUAAAGAACAAAUUUAUUCCAAUACUAUUUUAAACUCUCUUACUAUGCACCUACUAAUGGUUUGCUCCAGGAUGGAGUGACGUUCAUGGGGUUACUGUCAGAUGACUUCAAAGAUGUUGGAUGACUUGUGUGGUCUUCAAGAUGGUGGCCAGGUCAAAUUCCUAACCCUGAGGCAGUACCUAUAUGUCAAAAUCCCAACCCAAGAGGGUGGGGGGAGGUUUCCAUGGGUAGCAUGGAACAUACACAAAAGGAUGUUACUUGUAACAGAUGGACUGAAAUAGACCCCAUGGAGAAUUAGUCUAACCUGUUUGAUAACCUAUAAUCUUCCAGCUGAAGUUUUACGCUAAAUGGGAUUCAAUGGGAUUUGCUGCAUAGCAAUUAUCAGUCUGUUGGUUUUAGUCCAAUCCUUGAACAACCAGCACAGACAUCACCUGGGUUACCUUACCAUGCGCCUGCCCAAAUAUUGGUCUUGGUUUGCAUGCCAUUUUCAUUUUAGCCACACUUAAUGUUUUUUAUUUGUAACUAAGUCCAAAGAAGGAAUAAGUCUAUGAAGACUUAACAUCUUUUAAAUUUUACCUUUGUUUUAACAGAAUGCUCAAGAGAAUGCACUUAUCACACAUGCACACAUCAAUGGAGUCAAUGGAGCAGUCUUGCAAGCAGAGGCAGUGUUCAAAGCUCUUCCCCUUGAACCACCAAACUUAAACACAGACAAAUUUAUUGAUGACCUCCUUGAAGUGGCCAAAAAGCUUGAGGAAGAGUAUGAAGAAUCUAGUAAAGAAAAAGAAGAUAGGUAAUGUAAUAAUGAGCAAAGUUUUUAUUUCAACUCAGUACUUUUAUGGAUUUAAUUUUUAAAAGGGAUCUAGUAGAUGACAGUUGAUAUUUGAUAGUUUCUACUAUAAAUAAUUCCAAUCAUGACAAAAUUAUCAGGAUGUUAGUCGUUGAUAUUAAUGUUGAUACUGAUAAUGUGCAUUAAUUAACUAAUACAUACAUUGGUAAUUUAUGGUUUUCAAAUAGGUUGGGAAAUCAUUUUUGUGUGCCCUGUUCUACACUGAACAAGAAAUAGUGUUUUAUCAGUUGUAUGAUAAAUGUAGACAAUCAAAUGAUCUGAAUUACAAUUUGGAGCAGAUUUUGUACUUUCAAAGCCAGCAAGCAUGUAUAUGUAGGGAAAUCACAAUUCAUAGUUUCUAAAACAUUGAUGACUGCUUUUUGCAAUGAAAUUAUUUGAAUACUGAAAACUAAAAGAUAUUAAAUUAAACUUUAUGCACACAUUGGAAACUUUUUAGGAUCAAAUAAACUUGCUCUGAGCCAAUAAGAAUGUUGAAAUAAUUGCUGGGGGUACAGGGUCAUCCUUGUGUGUUGGUAGCCCACAUAAUUAGUAAAUUUUAUGUGUAGUGGUAUAUGUGAGUAGUAUUCUUUUAUUAUUUAUCUAUUCAUUUGUUUCCUCUUUAUUUGUUUUUUUUCUUCUCUUAGUGGCCACAUUUCAACUUCUUCACCUCAAAAGAAACCUUUUUCUUAUUUCAAGAAAUUAAAAGAAAUGAAAGAACUGUUAAAUAAAGGUGAAACACUGGAACCUGAGACAGUGGUGGAAACAUUUGGAAAUGGGAUAAGAGCUGAGGAAGCAGUUCCCGCUGCAAUAUUUUCAUUUCUUCACAAGGGACGAGAGUCAUUUCAAGAAUCAGUUAACUAUGCCAUCUCUUUGGGAGGUGAUACAGACACAAUUGCUAGCAUGGCAGGAGCAAUCAGUGGAGCUUACUGGGGAGUAAAUGAGAUUCCUGAACUGUGGAAGAGCAAAUGUGAAGGUGUAGAGGAGGCCAUAGAAUUUGCAAACAAAAUAUUUGAACUAAAAGAAGAAAGAAAAGAUGAUGAGUAAUUGUGUAUUACUGUUAAUUAUAAUUGCCUCAAAAGCAAGUGAGGUCUCAUGUUGAGAAUACAAAUGUCAUCAAAUAAUGGAUUUUCUUGAUGUGUUAUUAGACUAUAACUUUUGAAAGGAUUAUUUUCUUUCAACUGAGUAUGAGUUAUAUGCUAGUGAUCUGUCAGGCUAGUUGGUAUAUUUGAUCUGAGUACUUGACUUGUGUAUGUCUUUGUCAAGGGGUAAUUUUUUAAAGGGGUAUUAGCCCAUAACCUUUAACCCAGCUACACAAGUCCCUUAUUUCUGAGCCAAGGGAUUUGUCUGUUAGACAUAAAAAAACCCAUCGUUUUAGCAAAGGCCCAAGAACAUUUAUCAAUUGAUUGAGUUUUUUUUCCCGGUAUACUUUAUGGUACUAUAGGCUAAAGAGACACUUCCAGUUCCUUUCCGCUGGACCUUAACUUGACAUUUAGUUGAUCAACCCCAAAUCAGACUUUACUAUAGCUGUAAUAUGAAAAAGUAACCCUUAAGUGCUUGACAUUCCCAAGAUGUGCAUAGGGUGAGGAACCCUCCCAUGAAAAAAAUAAAACUAGGGGGCACAUUUUAAAACAUUUUGAAAAGAGGGAACCUUUUGCGUAAUAUGGCACAGUUUUGGAAAUGUGUGCAAGAUUUUCCUGGAUUUUUAAAAGGAGGGCAUUUUAUGAAAAAGAAAAAGAAACUGAGUCAUUACUGAUGCUAAUUUUUAGAAGGUUUAUACUGAAAGCUGAAAGCUGAAAGCUCACCUUUUUUUCAUCCAAUCAGAAGAUACUUUAUUAUUUGACUUGAAUCUCAACCCUGGUUGGUCUUGAAGUUUUUGUUUGACCUGGAAAUAUCUUACCUUAUUAAAAUUUUUUUUCUUGAAGAGUUGCAUCCUAUUCAGCAAGUUUAUAAUAAUUUUAAACCAACAACUGUUCCAUUGUGGACCACAGAAAAGAUUUGUGUGCCACUUUAUUCUUCAGUGACCAGAUAAGUGAUCUAUUUUACAAAUAGAUUGCAUUUCGCUGUGUGUCUAUGAUGUUAUAGAUCACAAAUGAUAUCAAAGAAGGCAAGAAUGAAGAAGUGGCACACAUGCUGAAGGAAUAGAAUAGCAAACUGUGCAUUUUAGCAUGGUGUAAAGGGUCGCAUCAUAUUAUUGUUCUAGUUACUAAGAAAAUUUUCUUUUGCAGCUCCUAAAUGGCUCCUGCUUAACUUUCUUUUAUGGUCUUCACUUGGUUAAUCCAGAGCCAAAAUAGAUCAAACAUCC